AUGCAUCCAAAGCGGCCGAAUAAGCCACUGAAAUUGAAUGGUCACGCGAGUGGAGCACAACAGCGCUCGGAUCCCAGCGGUGCGACCCUCUCCGACAGGACAACCGUGGUGGUGAACAACACGGCGCUCCAACUCAAAUUCAACGACCUCACCUACGUGCGGAAGCUGGGCUCGGGUCAGUUCGCAACCGUGCAUCACAUGCGGGUGAAGCGCAACGAUGUGGUAUACGACUUCGCGGUAAAGGAAAUUAAGAUUAGUCGGUCAGAGAUGCUGAAGAGCCGCAUCCGCCAGGAGUCCGAAUUUGGUAUUCGUAUGUCUGUGUGUCCCUUCGCGGUCAUCACAUACGGGGUAAUGGGCCGCGGCGACGACGUUCGCAUCCUUAUGGAGGUCAUGGACAGCUCCGUCACCAAUCUCUGUUUCAAAAGGGACCUAGCUUGGCUUGAUAUGCCAGAAGAGCACGUCGCCUUCAUAACAAAGUGUGUAGUCAAAGGCCUUGACUUUCUCUGUCAACGCGAUAUCCAACACAGGGAUGUCAAGCCGACCAACAUGUUGGUCAAUCGCAGUGGCUUUGUGAAGAUAUGUGACUACGGAGUGGCUCAGAAGAUGGAAGGUGACGUUACAAAAACGAAUGUAGGCACUUACAAAUUCCUGGCGCCGGAGCGACUGGUGGGAGGAAGGCAGGAGGAGGGGUUCCGAAUUCAGUCAGACGUCUGGUCAUUGGGAGUUAGCGUCUACAACAUUGUGACGUCUUCGAUACCCUUCCCCGAGAACGCGACCAUAUUCGAUUAUCACAGUUACAUUACGGCGAAUGCAGACGUUGAACUGCCGACGGAUAGACCGUACUCCCCUGAACUGCGUACCUUCGUCUCUUCUUGCCUCAAAGUUAACGAAGCAAACCGUCCCAACUACACAGAGCUGCUCAGAUUGGACUUUAUAGCGAAUAUCAAGAUUAAAGAGCAUAAACCCCUGUUCGGGGAGUUUGUGCGCCAAACACUUGAUGACUCUUUGAGCACACCCGAGUAG